GAAAAAAUCUCUUUCUUUUGUGGAUUGCGAAAAAGAGUCAAACAUUUUCACAAGCAAAUAAUUGCUCAAGUUACAAAAUUACCAAACUUUACGAAAACAAAAAAUAGAAAAAAAUCCUUUUGUUUGUUUGUUUGUUUGUGAGGAAGAGACUCUUCAAAAAGGGGCUGACAGUGAAGAGAUUGUGAGAACAAAGACGACAAAUGGGCGAUUGAGCGAAGAAGAAACCUUCGUUCUCUCUCGGAAAUGACGAAGAGGAAGAAGGAAGUAAUAGAUGUCGAUUGCUCCGAGAAGAAAGAUUUUGUGAUUGAUUGGUCUUCCGCUAUGGAUAAGGAAGACGAAGUUCCCGAGCUCGAGAUUGUUAAUACCACCAAACCUACUCCUCCGCCACCGCCAACGUUUUUCUCCGACGAUCAAACCGAUUCUCCGAAACUCCUAACCGAUCGUGACCUCGACGAGCAGCUAGAGCGUAAAAAAGCGAUCCUGACAUUAGGUCCGGGCUUACCCGACAAGGGUGAGAAAAUUCGACUCAAAAUCGCUGAUCUCGAAGAGGAGAAGCAGCGUAGAGUUUUAGAAGGCUCGAAAAUGGAGGUGGACAGAAGUUCUAAGGUCGUGUCUUCGACUAGCUCAGGUUCAGAUGUUUUACCGCAAGGAAAUGCAGUUUCAAAAGAUACCUCUAGAGGGAAUGCAGACUCAAAAGACACCUCUAGACAAGGGAAUGCAGAUUCAAAAGAAGUCUCACGGUCAACAUUUUCUGCGGUUUUCAGUAAACCAAAAACGGAUUCUCAGUCAAAGAAAGCCUUUGGUAAAGAACUAGAAGAUCUGGGAUGUGAAAGGAGGAAACACAAGGCUGGUAGAAAGCCUGUAACAAGGCUGAGCAACGGGUGGCGGUUGUUGCCAGAUGUAGGGAAAGCUGAGCACAGUGCAAAGCAGUUUGAUUCUGGACUUAAAGAAUCAAAAGGGAAUAAGAAAUCCAAGGAACCUUAUGGAAAGAAAAGGCCCAUGGAAUCUUCGACUUAUUCUCUGAUUGAUGAUGAUGAUGAUGAUGAUGAUGAUGAUGACAACGACACCAGUGGCCAUGAAACUCCUAGGGAGUGGUCUUGGGAAAAAUCUCCAUCACAAAGUUCAAGGCGCCGUAAGAAAUCAGAGGACACAGUGAUAAAUGUGGAUGAAGAAGAAGCUCAGCCUUCAACAGUGGCGGAGCAAGCGGCUGAACUGCCUGAAGGCUUACAGGAAGAUAUAUGCUACCCAACAAGGGAUGAUCCUCACUUUGUUCAAGUUUGUCUUAAAGAUCUUGAAUGCCUUGCACCUCGAGAAUAUCUGACAUCGCCGGUUAUGAAUUUCUACAUGAGGUUCUUGCAGCAGCAGAUAUCAUCAUCGAAUCAAAUCUCUGCUGAUUGUCACUUCUUUAAUACCUAUUUCUACAAGAAGCUCAGUGACGCUGUUACGUACAAGGGGAAUGACAAGGAUGCCUUCUUUGUGAGGUUCAGGCGGUGGUGGAAGGGUAUUGAUCUAUUUCGUAAGGCUUAUAUUUUCAUACCAAUACAUGAAGAUCUCCACUGGAGCCUUGUGAUAGUUUGCAUCCCUGAUAAGAAAGAUGAAUCGGGGUUGACUAUACUUCACCUUGAUUCUCUAGGACUUCACUCGAGAAAAUCAAUUGUUGAAAAUGUAAAAAGGUUUCUAAAAGACGAAUGGAAUUAUUUGAAUCAAGAUGACUAUUCCUUGGAUCUGCCUAUCUCAGAAAAAGUAUGGAAAAACCUCCCUCGUAGGAUCAGCGAAGCUGUUGUUCAGGUUCCGCAGCAGAAAAACGAUUUUGAUUGUGGUCCGUUUGUGCUCUUCUUCAUUAAACGGUUCAUUGAAGAGGCGCCUCAAAGGCUGAAAAGGAAAGACCUGGGAAUGUUCGACAAGAAGUGGUUUAGACCCGAUGAAGCCUCUGCUCUGAGAAUCAAAAUCCGAAACACGCUCAUCGAGCUAUUCCGUGUCAGUGACCAGACAGAGUAAACCAGUACAGAUUAUGCAGCUUCAAAUCAAGACAUUUCUCACCGCUCUAACAGAGUUCAAGUUUUUGUUCUUGUAUAGACUUGGCAGAAGUAUUAUUUGGGCCAAAAGUUAAAUUAAAAAAUGGCUACAGACUCCAUAGGUUAAUGUUGUAAUCCAAAAAAAAAAAAUACCUUUGAACUUUUAAUUGUAGUUUCACAAAAUUUCAUUGUUAAAGAAUCUCAGAAGAAGCAUAAAAAAUUGGCAUCUAAUAAGAGUUACGUU